GUAAUAAUUUUACAGUGCAAAGUUUAAGUUUUUUUAAUUAAUAAUUGCAAAUUGUAACUAAGAAUCAAUUACCCAACAACAUAACAAUUAAAUCAUGCCUACUGAAGUUCCAGAGCAUUGUCCUGGAGUAGAAAGUGAAAAUGCGGGGAAAGCCUCAGCUUGUGCGGGUUGUCCAAAUCAAACGGUUUGUUCUAGUGGAGAAGCAAAUCAACCAGAUCCGGGUAUUCAGUUAGUUAAAGAUAGAUUGUCACAAGUUGAAAAUAAAAUUUUGAUACUGUCUGGUAAAGGUGGAGUAGGAAAAAGCACCGUGACUGCUUUAUUGAGUAGAUCUAUUGCUAAUGUCGAUAGCGAGAAAAAUGUAGCAGUUUUAGAUAUAGACAUUUGUGGUCCUUCACAGCCAAGAGUGUUGGGUGUUCAGGAUGAACAGGUUCAUCAGUCUGGCUCUGGAUGGUCCCCAGUAUUUGUUGAAGACAAUUUAUCUGUGAUGUCAAUAGGAUUUUUGUUGGGAUCUCCAGACGAUGCUGUAAUUUGGAGAGGUCCCAAGAAAAAUGGCAUGAUUAGGCAAUUUUUAAGCGAAGUAGAUUGGGGAAAUUUGGAUUAUCUACUCAUCGACACACCACCUGGCACUUCUGAUGAACACUUAUCGGCUGUGACAUAUUUAUCCCAAGCUAAUUUAACUGGAGCUAUAGUGGUAACAACACCACAAGAAGUCGCUCUGCUUGACGUUAGAAAAGAAAUUGAUUUCUGUUUCAAAGUUAAAAUCAAAGUUUUGGGCGUUGUCGAAAAUAUGUCUACAUUUGUUUGUCCAACUUGUCAGAAAUCAUCAGAAAUAUUUCCCGCGUCUACCGGCGGCGCUCAGAAAAUGUGCGAAGAGUUGGGUGUCCCAUAUCUGGGUAGUUUACCAUUGGAUCCUAGAAUAGCUCGAUGUUGCGAUGAAGGAAAAGAUUUUCUAACGGUUUUGGCAGACUCGAAGGCUUUGAAAGCCUCCAAAGAUAUCGUAGCCAAGCUGCUCCAAGCGUGCAAAGAUGUCGCCAACUAAGUAUAGAAUAUAAUAUUUUGUUAUUUGAGGAAAAUAAGUGUUAAUAUAAUAUGAAAAAAAAAACAGUUUAUUUUUAUUUUAGUAUUGGGUAGGGAUUGGCAUACAAUAACGCCAAGAACUAUUAGAUAAAGACUUCAAAAAUAGCAAAAAAAAAUAGUGAAGAAAGUAAUUAAACAAGCAAAAAGAACAUAAAAAUA